AUCUCUUACUUAAAUAGUUUCAGGCUGAGAGGAGAGAUAGUGGAGGGUGGAGGAGCUACCUUUGCUCACUGUUUGUCAAUGGCACAAGCUAACAGCCGCUGCUAACUAUCCCAGAGUGGACAGUGGAUCGAGAGCCAACAGCCGGACUCGCUACCCGCAGAUCUCUUGGUUCCGGCUUCAGCUGAGAUGUUCGGUUUCGAAAUCCCUGAAUCAUUCGCAGCGAUUGUCAGCGUGUCGGAUUUUGAAAGGUGACUUUUCCUGGGUCAGUUUGGAGUUGGGCUGGUUGGAUCUCCAUAUUUUGCUUGAGGGAAAAAAAGUACGGCCAGGUUUUCAGAAAAUCAGAUGAACUGCAUUCUGGAAAUGGGCUCAUACCAUACAGUGACUUUCCUUUAUGUCAUCUUAUACACAAGAACAACCUUUGCAGAAAGAUUCCUGACUUUUAAUUGUGUCCAUUCAGUGACAGGAAUAUUUGAUAAAGACACAGAAUUGCCGUGCAGUUUCACUACAACUAAUAAACAAUUUUCAUUAUAUGAACUGAGUAUAAAUAAAGAUGGAAAUAGAACAGAUGUCUUUAGCAAAAAUAAAAAUAUCAGUGGAGCUCAGGGUCGAAUUAAAUUGCUUCAUCCAAAUUCAACGGAUGUCUCAUUGCUAAUCCAGAAAACAAAAUUGUCAGAUGGUGGAACAUAUCAAUAUGAUUUGCUAUCAAAUUCUGGUCAUCAAAUUCAAACCAUCACUCUGAAGGUUAAAGCUCCAUACUGUUUACCAAAUGUGACUGCAUUCCCAACAACCACACCAAUGGGAACAACAAAUCUCAUUUGUGAAACGACUGGAUACCCACUGGCUCAGAUUCACUGGUUCAUCGACGGAGCAAGCAAUCUCACAUCCGAGGCUAAUACUAGCAGUGCAAAAACCUUGCAAGGAUUGUUGAAGAUUACCAGCAUGCUUCAAAUCAAAGAAGUUAAUAUUUCCAAAGGCAAUUAUUCUUGUGCUGUGUGGAACGUGGAAGAAAAUGUAUACGAGGUGCAGCAAUAUUUUCAAAUCUUGGAUAAGCACCGUAAUACUCAUCAGCAACGAGCAGAGGAAAGGAAGAAAAAUAUUCUCAUAGCUGUAUUUGUGAUUUUUCCAGUAUGUUUUAUAGCAUUUGUAAUCUUGGCACUUUUGCAGUGCAGCAGAAGACGGCAUCCAGCAGUUAGAAUAUAAUCUGAAAUCCCGAUGAUGUCAAGUGACCAGGGAGCUGAUGUUUAAUGGUGAUUGCAGUGAAUAUUAUUUCUCUUGUGACGGAUAAUAAAUGGUUUAGUUUUUGAUAUCACAGCGUUCCGUAAAAGGAGAAAAAAGGUCUUCAGCCCAAUUGUAAUUUGAAAAGUGAAGUAUGAUAUUAUUGUAAAAUCUGAUUUAACUUUGAUACUGUGAUUCAUAUUUUUCUGUCUAACUUGUAAAUAUGCUUUUGAAAAACAUUUAUAUUUUUAAACUAUUAUUACUUUAUAUUAAUAGGUAUGUAAAAAAUGAUUUCCCUUUUCGAGGUCAAUAAACGGCUUUCUUGUU